ACAGUUUUCUCUGUUUACGUCCUAGCGAUCGAGUAACCGGUGAAAUGCGAAUAAGAGCACAUAUUUACCUCUUGAAAAAUCUCGUAGGCAGGACUUGUCUUGCACAGCAUCAGUUUACCUGCAAAAGGCUGGUAAAAGGCUCAGGCUGUCCAGCGAGAAUGUCGUAAUGCCACCCUGCUUCAAGUAGUGGAGGCCACGGCAGAGGAGGCCGCAACGGGGUUGAUGUCUCCGAUUCCGGUGAACGCUAACCCAAGGACUAGGAACAACGACUCUGAAUAGCAGUCUCGCCUUUUCUUACGAGCGCCGCUAAGGCGAGCUACCUGGCGGAGGGCCCAGAGCCAAGAUCGUGUCGUCGGUCCUGCGUAUUAUGAAGGGCUACGGCUGGCUGGAGGUCGACGGGGGCGUGAUCCCGAAAAUCUCGGUCGACGAGCAAUACGCUGCUACCAUUUACAAGGGCGUGAGCGAUGCGAAGGCUAUUUGAGGAAGCCGCUGAUUUCUUUUGGCGCACUCAUUCCGGCUACACUCUGUUCUCCACCGCCAGGAACUGGAAGAGUGGUGUCUUGGUCGACGUUGCAGACAUUGUUCAUGUUGGUGAUUGCGGGUGGCGCCCGAAUGGAUACGGAUCAGGGUGGGCAACCAGAGGGAGAUGCGCACCUGGACUGCCGACAGGUUCCGGAAUCGGCCUGACCUGUGCCGGUAUCACCCCCAGACUCGAGUCUCGAUGCAGUCCGGUCAUGUACGUGGGCAGGGCGGGCAAGCUAUGGUUUCAGGCCCGCGCCUGUUCCCUUGUGAAGACCUCGACGCCGCUCCCCGCCCCCGCUCCCUCAUCCUCGGGACGAGGACCGCUUAGCUCGGGGAGGCCACCUAAGGUAUAGGAUCGGAGUGGAGGGCGAUUUCUCCCCUAGUUGGGAAGACGGGGGGAGGGCUGCUAGUAUCUACCUAAGCAGGCUAUGUGAUUUAGCACCCGGGGGAGCGAAGAGG